AUGCCGUGCAUGUAUCCUCCCCACCCCGGCCACCCCCUGACCCCCCCAGAAUACUUGCAGCAGUAUGCGGGAUGUGGGAUGCAGAUCCAGCACCAGUACCCCGUUGGAGCCCAUGGUCUUCCGGUGCCUGAAAAGGGACUCUACGAGAUCAAUGUCGACGCAUACGGGCGCAAGAUCAUGCCUUCGUUCGUGCGGGUUCCCCAGGCAGGAUACCACCACCCUCAACAGCAGCAGCAGCAGCAGUCCGGUUACGCUGGUCUUCCGCCUCCCGGGAUCACUCACCCGGGUAGCCAGUACUACGCCCCCCAGCAACGCAUCGAAGCGACGAUACCGGGCGGCAAGAGCUACGCAGCCGAACUCCACGCGCGCCAGGAGGCGCGACGACUGCAGGAGCAGCAGCAGGCUCAGCAAGCGGAGGAGAAGCCGACCGGUGGUGUUUCGGCUCACCUCGACUACGACAUGGAGGAGAUGACGGAUUUCGUCGGCACCAUGGCGCAGAGACUGGUCCUCGGCCAGAUGACUCACGACAAGCUGCUGCCAAGUUACAGGAAGUUUGUCUACCAGAUCCUGUCGUCAACCAGGCUGCCGAGCUCCACCAUUCUCCUCGGUCUCUGCUAUCUGCGAGAGCGGAUGGCACAGCCACAGAUGCCCGGGAUGACCCGACAGGACAACAACGUGUAUCGUCUCUUGACGAUCUCGCUGCUUCUCGCCUCAAAAUUCUUGGACGAUAAUACUUUCCAGAAUAAAUCAUGGUCCGAAGUCACCAACAUUCCCGUGCAGGAGCUCAACGCGUUGGAGAAGGAGUGGCUGAAGGAGAUGCGGUGGAACCUCCACAUCGACCCUGAAGGCACCAAGGGAUUCAGCCAGUACAAGAACACGUGGGAGGCUUGGGUCAAAAGGAAGGCUGUUGCCGCUGCGCCGGCCCUCGCCCUUGCCCCCAUCGAUACGAACAUCCGGGCUCGGUCGCACAGCACCUUCUCACCGGUCCAGCCCUACCCUGUUCAGCAGCAACAGCAGCAGCAGUCGAUGUACACACCUCCGCACUCGACCAUCAUGACCGACCGGUCGAUCCACCUGCCUCCGGUGCGGCCCACACAGCCCUCCGAUGGAUACUGGGGUUGGAACCCGGCCGACUACUCACCCCCUUCAGCUCCCGAGACCGGACCCACCACACCGGAGAACCACCACUUUGGAUGGGCGGCGGUCCCGUACGGAAACCCCCCACAGCCUGCCCCCACCUUCUCGAGGCUUCCGCCGAUCGCGAACUAUCACCCUCACGCGUGGCACAGCCACCACGGCCACACUGCUGCCGGCUGCUUCCAGUGCCGACAGCAGACUACCGAAAAUUUCUUUGCCAACGCUAAUUACGGCCAACCCAUCACGGCCUGA